CCGGCUGCCCACACGACCACCCCGAGCUGACCAAAGGGGCGCGCGUCAGCGGCUGCCCGUUCUCUGAAGAUGGCCCUCUCACACAUGCUGCUCCUGGCGGUCGUCGGUGGUACGAGUGCCUGCUUCAUCACAAACUGCCCACCAGGAGGCAAGAGGUCGUCCGAGCCAUCUCCCGCGAGACUCUGUCCCCGAUGCGGUCCUGCCGGCCGGGGCGUGUGCUACAGCGCCGACGUCUGCUGCGCGGGCUCCAUGUGCAUCCUCAACGAUGCCCUGGCCACGCUGUCCUGCCGCGCCGAGGCCCUGCACGGCGUCGCCUGCCACGUCCCCGGAAAGCGUUGCGGCACUGACGGCCGCUGCGCAAUCCGCGGCUACUGCUGCGGCCCUGACGGCUGCACGAAGGACAGCUCCUGUUCUGGAGGCGUGCCCACGGACCAGUUCGGGAGCGCCGUCGACAUCCUCGAGUAUGGCAUGUCCGAGAGAUGAGCGGGCACAAUGGUCCACGCGACCGCUACGACCAAUCACAAUGCCUA